AUGAAUCCUAUAAGACAGAUAACUCGGCAGAAGGCUAAGGUGAUAGGGUCAGUUUUUAUACUUAUUGUGAUCUAUCAUAUAUUUUCACGCAGCUCAAGUACCCCAAGAUAUGCAGACAAUGGACCGGUUUUAGUUGGUGAAGAACAAGUUGUUAAUGGUAAGGCUCCAUUACAGGAUCCACCAGGAGCAGAAGUCAUUCCACCACAGAAACCAAAUAACGACGGAGCACACGUCGAUAAGGAAGAAGAAGAACGGAUCAAGUCGAUUCGGGACUAUACUGCAUUUUUCAAUGGCUUAGAAGAUUAUACACCAAAGUCGGAAUCUAUAAAGGGGAAAUAUAAAGGAGAAAAGGCCAAAGAGAUGUUUUCAACAACAAAGGAUUUCCUUUUCACUAAAGAGUAUCUUGAGAAUGUUCUUGAUAUUUCCCAAGAGACGUUUGAUGAUUUGCAAAAUAGCCAUACUAGAUAUGUCGAUAAUCAUAUCAAUAAAUUGAUUGAAAAUGUCGGAGUGCAAACUUUUGGUAACGUUUUACAAUCGGACCCCGAAUGGUCAGCCUAUCAAGGAUCAAAAGGAUACGUCUUAGUAGGGGGAGGUCAAUAUAGUUGGUUAUCGUAUUUGGUUAUUAGACAAAUCCGAGCCACUGGUUCAUUAUUACCAAUUGAAUUAUUUAUUGCCACUCAAGACGAUUAUGAAAAGAAAUUCUGUGAAGAAUUAUUACCAUUAUACAAUGCCCGUUGUAAUGUUUUCGAUACUAAUUUAGCAAAAGAUUUAAAAGCAAGAUUUAAUUUGGGUGGUUAUCAAUAUAAAAUGUUGGCAAUAUUAAGUUCAAAAUUCGAAAGUGUUUUGUAUGUUGAUUCCGAUAAUUUCCCAACUAAAAAUGUCGAUUAUUUAUUCAAUUCUAAAUUAUAUCAAGACAAUGGAUUAAUAAUAUGGCCAGAUGCUUGGGCAAGAACAACUAAUCCGAAAUUUUUCGAUAUUGCUCUGGUUAAAGUUAAGGAAAAUAAAGUGCGUUAUUCUCCAAUUGAUUAUAAAUUAGCAGAAGACGGUAAAGUGAAACCUUUGGGAGAAUAUAAAUUUUCUGAUUCAAAUUAUCAUGAUUUUGAAGGAACUAUUCCAAAUCCAACCUCUGAAACUGGUAUGUUAAUGAUCAAUAAAACUUCUCAUUUGAAAACUUUAUUGCUUGCUUUAUAUUAUAACGUUUUUGGUCCAAAUCAUUACUAUCCCUUAUUAACUCAAGGUUCUGCUGGUGAAGGGGAUAAAGAAACCUUCAUUGCUGCUGCCACAGUAAUGAAACAAACUUGGUUUCAAACUUUAAAACAAUUUAAAUGGACGGGUUACUUCCAUGAAAAAACAAGAGAUUUCUCUUCAAAAGCUUUAGGUCAUUAUGAUCCAAUCCAAUCUCAAGACGAAAAAUUAGGUGAUAACACCGAUAUCAUCUUUAUGCAUCUCUCUUAUCCAAAAUUCUACCCUAAUUGGUUGGUUGAUAAUCAUGAUUUAGUUUAUGAAGAAAGUGGUAAUCAUAUUAGAAUGUAUGAAGGUAUUUACGGUAAUGUUGGUUAUGAUUUUGAUUUAAGAACUUUACAAUUGUUCGUUCAAGGUCUUUGUCCAAAUUACUAUUAUGAAACAAGUGGUUUACCAAUUGAUGGUGAACCUGGAUUAUCUAAAAGUAUCGAGUAUAUGGGUAAAUACCUUAAAUACGUGGCUAACGAUGAAGGAACCGAAAUUGAAAGAUGUAAAAAUGUCUUUAUUCCUCAUUUGAAAUGGUUAAAAGAGACUACAAAACAUCCCGAUACCUUAAGCUUUACUUAA